CAAAUACUAAGCCAACAAAGUUAAAUAACAUUCAGCAUUUCUAACCAACGCUAGUCAAGUUUACGGUAUAUAUAUAAAAUCUCAGGGAAUACCCAUAUUUUUAUAAACAACUCAGUGCGCAAGUCCGUCACAUGUGCCGGCGGAAAAAAAAAUUGCUGAGCAACCAGCAAACAAUCAGCAUUCGGCAUGGUACAUUGGCAUCUGUAGAGAAUGCAGUCAGACAGUCAAACUUUUCUCUUCGACGUAUAUAAACAAAUUUCGAGAGUGUGGAAAAGCCGGAAAACCAAAUACGCAGACAAUUCAUAAAAAAAUACAAACAAUCAAAUCAAGAAGUUAGCCUGGGAAACACAUCUAAAAUUAACAUAAAUAUUAAAAAUAAAAGAAAAAAUUAAAGCAAGAAAAUCUACAUAUUUUGAAUGCACGCGUUACUCGGCAAGUGCACCCACAGUUUGAUUAAGAAUACUUAUUAAGCAAAAAAGUGAAAAGAAACAAACGCAACAUUUGAUUACCGAGUUCUAUAUAAUCCUAAUAUAAUUACAUUGUGGUGAGAUAAAAAAAUCGCCAAAACGCCGUACCAAACGAAAAUGGAGCGCAAAUUGCUAUACGCCUUUCGGGGCUGGAUAGCAUUUGUUGCUUUUAUGGAUUUGGGAACGGCAUUUCGUAGUUAUAUAGAGAGGCGGAGCUUUCUUGGGGAUCAUACGGAUACUCAAUUUAUCGAAGGCGAUUACACAAUAUCCCGCAUAAUUGGCAUGUAUUGUUUGCUCAAAGCGAUUGCUUUAGUUCAUUGCACGCUCUACAUUCACUACAGACCAGUCGUUAGCAUGGGUGGCUGCUCAUUGGCUUUAACCAUGGUUCUUUAUGCUUCCGAAGCUUUAUACUUUCGUUCGAGUACAUUGAACUUUUAUGUGAUCUUCCCCUGCGUUCUAAAUUCCAUUACUUUAAUUGGACUCAUUUAUAUACCUAGGCGUUUACGCUUGUGGGAGCCCAGCUCAGAUAUGGACGAUGAAAACUCGCAAUUACUAAAGCAAAUGACUGGUUUCAAACGACGCCGCACGAAAAAACAAAUAUAAAAUUUAGAAAAAAUUUAAAAAACAAAUAUAUUAGAGUGAUAUUUUCAUGAAUACAACAAGUUUAGAAGCACUUUAACGGAAUUUUUUUAAAAAUGAUUAUCAGUAUAAAAAAGGAAAACAUAUUAAAAAUUACAUUACAGUAUUAGUUUAAACAAUUAAAAUCUAGUAUGGUUUUAAGAGCACGAACUAUUCAAGAUUAAUUUACACGUAUGUAAAUAUAUUAACCACAAUAUUAAUCUGUGUUGGCAAAACUUUUCAAUUUUAUAGUAUUUAAAAACUUGUAAAAGUAGGAGCAAUAUGUGGAACUAAUUAAGAAUUAUCAAUUAAAACCCAAAUGUCAUAUAUGUAUGUACAACACUUAUUAUCAAAACUUUCCAAUAAUGAAAUACAAAAAAAAAUAUAUUUAUAUAACUUGGACUAAGCACAUCGUCAAUUUAAACAUUAAUUAACAAUACACACUUUAUAUCAAGAUACAUAUGAAAAAUACAAACUUGAAACCGUAUUUAACUUUGGCUAAAUUAAACUAUAAAGCAUGCAGCAACAUAAAAAAAGAAUAGUCAGAUACAUAGCCGUUUUUAAUUAAAAACAUCUUUAAGAUGAUAAAGCAAUAAUAGAAUAAGCUUGUAGUUGUAGAUACAAUAUUUAAUAAAAAUUAAAUGAUUAAUAAACACUGA